AUGACACUGAAUAGGAAGUGCGUUGUGAUACAUAACGGGUCACACAGAACGGUGGCCGGAUUUAGUAACGUCGAAUUGCCACAAUGCAUUAUACCUUCUAGUUAUGUUAAAAGAACGGAUGAGGGGGGGAAAGCUGAGUUUAUAUUCGGGACCUACAGCAUGAUAGACGCUGCGACAGAAAAACGCAAUGGUGAUGAGGUGUAUACAUUAGUGGAUAGUCAAGGGUUGCCGUACAAUUGGGAAGCAUUGGAGUUGCAGUGGAGGUAUCUGUACGAUACCCAAUUGAAAGUUUCACCCGAGGAAUUGCCAUUGGUAAUUACGAUGCCUGCCACUAAUGGAAAACCGGACAUGGGCAUAUUGGAGCGCUAUUAUGAGCUGGCGUUCGACAAAUUGAAUGUGCCAGUAUUCCAAAUUGUAAUCGAGCCAUUGGCGAUUGCCUUAUCCAUGGGCAAGAGCUCUGCAUUCGUGAUCGAUAUGGGCGCGUCAGGCUGCAAUGUUACUCCCAUCAUUGACGGUAUUGUGGUCAAGAAUGCCGUAGUGAGAUCUAAAUUUGGCGGUGAUUUCUUGGAUUUCCAAGUACACGAAAGGUUGGCUCCCUUGAUUAAGGAGGAGAGCGACAUGGAAAACAUGGCAGACGAACAGAAAAGGUCCACUGACGUUUGGUACGAAGCAAGCACGUGGAUCCAGCAGUUCAAGUCUACCAUGUUGCAAGUAAGCGAAAAGGACUUGAUUGAGUUGGAAAGAUAUUACAAAGAGCAAGCAGAUAUAUAUGCCAAACAACAGGAACAGUUGAAACAAAUGGACCAGCAACUUCAGUACACGGCGUUAACGGGGAGCCCCAACAACCCGCUGGUUCAAAAGAAAAAUUUUCUAUUCAAGCCAUUAAACAAGACUUUAACCCUUGACCUCAAGGAUUGCUACCAAUUUGCAGAGUAUCUCUUUAAACCUCAACUGAUAUCAGACAAAUUCUCGCCAGAGGAUGGACUGGGACCGCUAAUGGCAAAAUCAGUCAAGAAGGCCGGCGCUAGUAUAAAUUCAAUGAAGGCGAAUACCUCCACCAACCCGAACGGAUUGGGCACAAGCCACAUAAACACCAAUGCUGGCGAUAAUAACAAUACUGCCAGCAGCAGCAACAUAUCACCAGAACAAGUAUACUCGCUACUGUUGACGAACGUCAUCAUCACAGGAUCUACCUCUCUGAUCGAAGGCAUGGAACAACGCAUAAUAAAAGAAUUGUCCAUCAGGUUUCCGCAAUACAAGUUGACAACUUUUGCCAACCAAGUCAUGAUGGACCGUAAAAUCCAAGGAUGGCUGGGCGCCGUUACGAUGGCCAAUCUUCCAUCAUGGAACUUGGGAAAAUGGUACUCUAAGGAAGAUUACGAAAUGCUAAAAAGAGAUGGAAAGCAGUCGCAGCCCACGAACGCAACAAACUAG